AUGGACACAACUCAAUGGCCUCAGGAGAUUGUGGUGAAGCCAUUAGCAACAAACACAAGUGAAAAGAAACCAAGGCCAGAAAAACAACAAGCUGUGAAUUGUCCAAGGUGCAAUUCAGUCAACACAAAAUUCUGUUACUACAACAACUAUAGCUUAACACAACCAAGAUACUUCUGCAAAACCUGUAGAAGGUACUGGACUCAAGGUGGAUCCAUUAGAAACAUUCCUGUUGGAGGUGGAACAAGAAAAAACAACAAAGUUAUUAGAUCUUCUUCUAACCUUGUUUCAAAUGCAACAAAAAACCUAGUUCCUAGUAUUCUUGUUAGUUCUCAAAACCAAGACCACAAUAAGAUCCAUCAUGAACAAGGACAAGAUCUAAAUAUGGAUUUCACUUCUGUUUCUUCUCAUAGUUUUUCAGCAUUGGAGCUUCUUACUGGGAUGACUUCUUCAACUUCAAGGAAUUUUCAUUCUUUUAUGCCGGUUCAACUUCAAGCUGAUUCCAACACUAUUGGGGUUCCUUUGCAAGAUUUUAAGCAAGUGCCAAUGAAUUUUUGUUUAGAUGGGAUUGUUGGAAAUGGUUAUGAAAAUGAAGGAAGGGUUUUGUUUCCUUUUGAGGAUUUAAAACAAGAUUUGGAUCAGAAUAAUAGUAAGGGAGAUCAACAAGGUUACACAACUGGGUUUUGGAAUGGAAUUUUAGGAGGAGGAUAUAAUGGUAAUUAA